UUUCACGACACGGUGAUGGGUGAACGGCCAGUUGUGGCAGUUUACAGUAGUCACUAAAUGUCAAUAGCUGAUGGAUAGUUCACCGAAGUUAUAUUUAUGACAAAAAGAGUAUCAUAAAUUUCAUGAACUAAUUUGAGCUUUUACGAAAUACACGUAACUAAUAAAAGCCAAUAUGAAUAAACAGUUUAAAGGCAUUUUGUUCUGUGUAGUGACAGCGUGGGCAAUAUGUGCUGUUAUCGGACAUUCGCAUUCACACGGCGGCGCCGGAGACGAAUCUCCAGCGCAUAAAUACAGUAAAGAUGCAAAUGAAAAAUACAACGAACAACGAGCAGAGCAAUCUGAAUCCAAUUAUGAUUUGUACGUAAAAGCCUUAGGUUCUACAAUCUUUAUUAGUAUAGUGCCGUUUUUAAUAUUGUUCUACAUACCGAUAGAUGGAACCGUUGAAAAACAACCGCUUUUAAAAGUUUUGUUGUCUUUUGCUUCUGGUGGGCUACUUGGUGAUGCAUUCCUACAUUUGAUACCACAUGCUCUUAUGGCUCAACAUAGUGGUACAGGACAAAGUCACAGCCAUAGUCAUACUCACAGUGAAAAUGAACAUGAACCCCAUGACAUGACUGUAGGACUGGGUGUCCUAGGAGGAAUUAUUACUUUUCUAGCUGUAGAGAAAACAGUACGUCUUUUUAAUGCAGGACAUGGCCAUUCACAUGGUAGUGAUAAGAAAAAGUCUGAUGACAAGGCCAAGAAAUCAAACAAAAAUAAAAAGGAUGAAAUAAAAGUAGCUGGUUAUUUAAAUCUUGCUGCUGAUUUUACCCAUAACUUCACUGAUGGAUUAGCAAUUGGGGCAUCUUACAUUGCAGGCCAGAAUAUAGGGCUGAUUACAACUGUUACUAUUUUACUACAUGAAAUUCCACAUGAAAUAGGAGAUUUUGCUAUUCUGGUGCAGUCUGGAUGUUCACGAAGAAAAGCUAUGAUGUUGCAGUUGUUGACAGCCUUUGGAGCUAUAUCAGGCACAGUCAUUUCUAUAUAUCUUCAAGGGUCUGGAGAUGGUAUUGUGUCCUCCCUUAUCUUACCAUUCACAGCUGGAGGUUUUAUAUACAUUGCUACUGUGUCUGUUAUACCAGAACUAUUAGAAGGAUCAAAUAAACUUGUACAAUCAAUGAAAGAAAUCCUUGCCCUCCUUGCUGGUGUUUAUAUGAUGGUGAUCAUUGCACAGUAUGAAUAAGAUAAACAUAUUAUAUAUAUUGUAUACAAACUAAAUAAAUAUAUAUAUGCCCACAACAUGUUUUUCUAGUAAAUGAAUAAAACAUCA